AUGGGAACUGGUAGUUCGAUGAAGAGAACAGGACGGGGAGGAGGCAGCGGCGGGAAAGGUGGCGGCAGAAGUCCGGCGUCUCGUCAUAGAUUCACGUCGCCCGUGGGACGCGGGAAUGGUGAAAACGCAACUGGAGGACCGAUUGCGAUUUCCAUCAGCGACAGCCUGUCUCGCGGCGAGAGUCGUGGCAGCAUACCAAUUGCAAAAAGGGCGGGAUCUCGUGGGGGUGCUUUCCCCGACAGCGCCCGGGGACGGUUACGAGGCAGUGGCGGUAAAGGUGGCGGCAAGAACGAUGUUGCUCCCAGAAUGAUAGAGAUCACAAAACAAAUAGGCGACUGCGCUAAGGCAGGCAACGUUACGGGCGCAGAACGUGUCUUCAACAGCAUGCAAGCCGAAGGCCUGGAGCCGGAUGUCCGCGCUUACUGCGUUACAACCGGAAGAGCCGUUUGGAAAACCGACUGCGUGAUUGCUGCGGUUUUACACGCUAGCAACCUGAAUAAAGCACAAACAUAA